CUUAUUUAUUGUGUUGUGUUCUACAAUUGGUGUCAGAGCCAAUGCUUAGAAAAAGACCUAAUCAGUCUAAGUAGAUCUUGGCUAUAUAACACAUGGCUAACUUGGAAGGGUCUUCGUCUAACAAGGCACCUUUGGAAGGGUUUUGGACCAUUAGAAUGGAAAGUAAGUUAUAUUUCUUCCUUAGGUUUUGAUAGCAGUAGAAAAUGGUUAUACUAUGCCUAGCCUUCCUUUAACUUAUCCUGCGGAGAAAAGGGAUUAUGAGACAAUGCCAGAGCUUAAAAUACUAUACUAUGUGGUUUGUCUAACAUUGAGUUUGUCAAAGUUAUGCAUUGUAAGUCAGCCAAGGAAUUUUGGGACAAAUUGAAGAGCAUUUAUGAAGGAGAUGACAAGGUGAAACGGGCCAAAUUACAAACCUACAGGGAUCGAUUUGAAAGUGUAAACAUGAAAGAAGAAGAACAGGUUGUAGACUAUCUGUUACGAGUGGACGAGAUAGUGAACGCGCAAUCAAGGGCCUUGGAGAAGUAGUGAGAAAAAAAGUAGUGGUACAUAAAAUUCUAAGAUCUUUACCCUCCAGGUAUAAUGCUAAAAUUUCUACUAUAGAAGAAGCUAGAGAUCUUAAACAAAUUACUUUUGUUGAUUUGCAUGGAAUACUAAUUGCUUAUGAAUUGAGAACGUAUGAUGAAGAGACUACUAAGAGAGAAAUUGCUUUCGAGUCCACAAAGAAGACAAAAGGAGAAAGUUUGGGAUGAGACACUGACAUGGAUGAAGAACUUACAUAUUUGGUAAAUAAACUAAAAAGGAGUUUUGGCAAGUGCAAAGGGAAGUUACCCUUCAAGUGCUUCAAUUUUGGGAAAACUUGGCAUUGUGCUGCUAAGUGUCCUUAUGAAAAUGAUGACCAAGAUAAUGGGGAAGGCUUCAAAAAGAAGAAUAAAGGACAAUCUUCUUACAAACAACAAAACUUUUCAAAAAAGAAGAAAAGCUAAUGCAUUAAAGAAGGCAAUUCAAACUCAAAAGACAAUGAAGAGUUUAGUGUUGAAACAUUGUUUAUGGCAAUCGGACCUAUUAGUGCAAAUCAAAGUGAUGGAAAGUUGCAUGAUGAUGAAGAGAGUGAGAUAAGUCUUGAAGGAGAACUAUUGUGUGCCUUAGAAGAGAUUAAAAAGAGAGAAUUCACAGCAAAAAGUGUCAGCAUUGAAGGAAGGUGAUGGCCUCAAAAGGGAACUUGAGGAAAGGAACCAGAUGAUCAUCAAUCUGGAGAUUGAAAUUGAAGAAGUGGACACCACCGGGAAGGCGCCUUAUUACUGGUUCACAAAGUGGAGAGUUCACACUUUGGAAUGGGCAAUCUUUUAAUUUUGAAAUGAUUCUUCAGGCUCAUGAUCAGGCAGUCCGGUCAAUGGUAUGGAGUCACAAUGAGAAUUGGAUGGUCACUGGUGACGAUGGUGGUUUCAUCAAGUACUGGCAAACUAAUAUGAAUAAUGUGAAAGCAAACAAAUCUGCACACAGAGAGGCUGUACGUGAUCUGAGUUUUUGUAGGACAGAUUUAAAGUUUUGCUCCUGUUCUGAUGACACAACUGUUAAAGUUUGGGAUUUUGCUCGAUGUCAGGAAGAACGUUCCUUGGAAGGUCAUGGUUGGGAUGUAAAGAGUGUUGACUGGCAUCCAACAAAAUCUUUGCUUGUUUCUGGGGGUAAGGACAAUGUCGUAAAACUGUGGGAUGCAAAAACAGGACGGGUUCUAAGCAAUCUACAUGGUCAUAAGAAUACAGUCCUCUGUGUCAAAUGGAAUCAGAAUGGUAAUUGGGUGCUUACUGCAUCGAAGGACCAAACUAUAAAGCUUUAUGACAUACGAACAAUGAAAGAGCUUGAAUCAUAUCAUGGGCAUCGUAAGGAUGUCACAGCUUUGGCAUGGCAUCCAUUCCAUGAGGAGUUAUUUGUAAGUGGAAGCUUUGAUGGAUCAAUUAUACACUGGCUUGUUGGGCAUGAAGUUCCUCAAGUUGAGAUACAUAAUGCACAUGAAAGUGCUGUAUGGGACCUUGCAUGGCAUCCGAUGGGUCAUAUCCUCUGCAGUGGGAGUAAUGAUCACACAACCAAGUUUUGGUGUAGAAACCGUCCAGGUGAUACAGGUCGAGACAAACACACUGGCUAUGUUCAAGGAUCUAGUGAGCAAAAUACUGUUGUCCCAGGCCGUUCAUUUCAGACAGGAGAAGGUCCAACUACUCCAGGACCAUUUGCAGCAGGGGGAGCCAUGCGUGUUGAAGGAACUAUUCCAGGUGUUGGUGCUGCAAUGCCUUUCAUGCUUCCAACCCUGGAUAUGACUUCUCAGCCUGAACCACCACAACAGAUGGUGCUGGGUUCAGCACCCCAAGGAGUGCAUCCAGGAGGGCCUCAUCCUCCCUUUGCUCCACAUCCAUCAAUUGCUACAUCUAGUCAACAAAUGUAUCAGCAGAUACAACAGAUUCCGACACAGCAGCAACAGCAGCAUCAGAUGAUUCCUCAGCUACAACAGGCUUCAACUUUACCACAACAAUUACCAAAUAUACAACAGCAGCUGCAACAAGCACAGCAACUACAAGGUCCUCCCAUGCAUUUAGGAUUGCAUGCACAUCCUCCACCACCACCACCUAGACCACCAUUACCACAACCUUCACAGUUAGGAAUGCCUUCCUCAAUGCCUCUUUCAAUACCAUCCACUUUGCCUUCUGCUCCGAUGCUUCAUUCCAAUCAAUAUUCUUCUAUGGUACCUUUGUCAGGGCAAUUAGCCCAAGGUUCAUCGAAUCAAAUGAGACCUCAAAUAUCUCAAUCACAUGCACUUGGCUUGAGUUCCAUGCAUCCGGGACAGGUUUCUGGCUCAAGCCUUCCAACGAGCAUGGGAAGCUUUGGGAAUGGCAUUACACAUAUAUUGGAAAGUCAAAGCAGUGUUUCUGGAGCUCCACCUUUUCCAACUAACACGGUAGGAAUGCAGCUUCAACCACAUGCAACAAUUGCACCAACUUCUGGAGUUUACAACAGGCCACAAGGUGGUCCAUUACAAACUUCAUCAAUAACUCCAGGACUUCAUGCAUACCAGUCAACUGCUCCAGCAAACAUGAUGGACAUGAGGGGGGCUGGCACAAACCUGGGAACCAAUGUUGGCCUUGGAAUGGGCAUGGGCAUGGGUGUUCCAUCUCAUCCUCGUGGUCCUGCUCCACCUCAACAAUGAUAGUUGAUUAUCAGAAUUUGCAGUAGAUCUUUGUCAUUUUGAAAGGUUGCAAUUACUAAAAUACACCCUCGCAUCAAGCUUUGUUUGGAAAUUCUUCUUCUGUAUGUAAUUGUCUGGUGAUAUAAGAUUUAGUACCGGUAUUCUUUAUCAGGGAUGAGCCAGACUUCUUGAAGUAGUGACCCAUAAACGUAGGAGAAAUGUAAACAGAUUUUGAUAUUUCAAUAGUCAAGCAUGAUAAUUUCUUAUUCUGUUGAAGUACCACAUGUCCUGCUCAUUGCAGUUUUCAUGUAUAAUUCUAAUUCAAUGUGAGGGUGACAUUCAUUCAAA